CUCUUCGCCCAUUCGAAUCAAUCCAACCGGAUCGGCGACAAACACUCCUCGCGAAUUUACGAAAGAACGCGCCCUGACGAAACCGCCGGCCGCGUAUCCUGCGGCGAGAUUCGAACACAAUCAACACUUUCCACAACUCAACCACACACACACACAUACACACAAACCCGAACAGGAAGAAAUCAGCCAAGAUGCUUCUAGCAGAGGAGCCCGCGACGCUCAUCCGCCACACCAUCGACAACUUCAACAUCCAUCCCGACAAGCAAGCCGUCGCGCGCAUCAAUGAAUCCCUUGCGACCCUCCAGCAGGCCCGCGAGCUGCGCCUGCGCGAGGCCGAAAAUGCCCUCAAGAAGCUUUCCCGCCAGCUAAACACAAUGGCCUCCCAGCACGCCGAGCUCACGUCGCAGCACUCGUCGACCGCGCACGCCUCGGAGAUCGCUCGCCUCGACACGACAAAGUUCCGGACCGCGAAGGCCGCCUCAGACGCCGAGAUGGAGGCCGAGCGCCUCGCCCAGCAGGCUGCCGACCUCAACGCGCGCCUCCAGGAGCUCGAGAUCCAGGGGCUUGACGGCUCCGCCGACGACCAGGCCCGCCGCCGCGACCCCGUCGACGACGAGGUGCUGCUGCGCCUCAAGGUCUACCGCAGCCUCGGCAUCGAGAUCGAGCGCGACGGUCGGGACGGCGGCGGCGGCGAGUUCACCCGCGCCGUCGUCCGCAACGACCGCAAGGGCGACGUGCACGUCGUCAACAUGGACAAGAAGUUUUCAAAGUUCUUUUACGCAAACUACUUUUGGCAGACGCUGUAGGUGAGGGGUUUGGUAGUGGUUAUCUUUUGGCAGGGUGGGGGGGUUUGUUCUUCUUCGUCGGCGAAUUUCUUGCUUGGAGUGAUGAAGGCGUUUCGGGGGUUCAUGAUAAGGAUACCACGUCUGGGAUACAAGACGAUUGUUUUCGCUCGCUCCGCUUCAAAUCUAUGAUUCUAUCUCUUGACACAACAUGCCUUGUGCCACUGUGGAAAACAACAAUCGCCACUGGGGAUUUAUCGCUGGGAAAUCAUCACUGUGGAAUCGGUGGCCUAUAGUCAUCCAUGAUGCAUUUCGUGGUUGAUCCGUCCAUUUGGGCUAUGGGAUGAGAUGUGAUACAGCCAUAAAAAAUAAAACAUAUAACGCCUGAUGACUCCCAAACCCGAUUCGUAUCUUAAUCGCGGCUGGUCUUGCCUGGCCGCACGACGUUGCCAUUGCCUCCUGUAGGUUGUGUUCCAUCAUUGUGUAUAUCCCGUUUCUACUGGGCCCUCCCUCCCCAUUGCCUGGUCAAGGGGCCAACCCCGUAACCUCGACUCCUUGGCUUGACAUAGGAAAGAUACCAUUGACAACUCUCGUACACCGCCCGCUUUCAAAGGGGCAUACUUUUCUGUGGUCAUCAUAUUGGGAGGAGACCGGGAGAAUGAGCCUCAUCGUCCUGCCUCUCCAUCCUUUCCGUUUUCUUUUCAGACUCUCAUUAAUGGUAAAUAAAAAAGACUUUUGACUUCCUGC